AGUGACAAGGACCGGGAGAGGCAGAAAGAAAGGGGAGGGGAACUGACAUUAAAGCAACACAACAAGGAAACUACACUGCAGAGCCUCAGACGCCUUCAUUUUAUGUUUUUGAAUAAUAGCCGGAGCUAGUGUGGCGAAGUGUAGCCUAUAUCUGUGAAAUCUGCCCGGAGAUCAAGCCCUUUGCAAGUGCCCAGAAAAGAAGCAGCUUUUCACCGAGUUGGAUUAAAAGACGCUCUCCGACGCUUUCUGAGAUAUGGACUCAGAGCCACCCAGCUCUCCACAGGUGGUGGAGGACGGAGGAGAGGAGGAUGAGGAGGAGCUGAGUGGAGGGGAGGAGGCAGACCUGAGGUCCAGCUCGGGCCGGGGCUCCCUGCUGACCCGGAGAGGCAUCACCCUGAGAGUGCUGCUGAAGGACGGGCUGGUGGAGCCGGGCGACGGCGUGCUGGCUAUCCACUACCUGGGUAAGAACUUUGUAGGAGACCUGUUGAAUGAUGGGAAAAUCAGAUGGGUGGAGACGGGCCAGAUUUUUAACUCCCCCAGCGCCUGGGCCACACACUGCAAACGUCUGGUGAACCCGGCCAAGAAGUCGGGCUGCGGCUGGGCAUCUGUCCGCUACCGGGGACAGAAGCUGGUCCAGUACAAAACCACAUGGCUGCACAAGUACCAGCCCAGCGCAGACUUGAGCCUUGUGAGUGAGGAGGACGAUGACGAGGAUGAAGAGGAAGGGAAGACGGCUGUGCAGGCAGAUGAGAAGAACAAGAACACCAAACCUGGAUUAAACGACCUGAUGGUUUCACGGAGAAGCGACCGAGAGAGGAUUCCUGUCAGAUAUUGCACCUUGGGCACCAGAGACGCUGCCAGAGAUCCACACACACUCGUGGAGCUGUCAGCCUUCUCUGCCAUCAACAGAUUCCAGCCUUUCAAUGUAGCCGUGUCCAGUAAUGUACUGCUGCUAAUGGACUUCCACUGUCACCUGACCACCAGCGAGGUGGUGGGAUACCUCGGAGGACGAUGGGAUACAAAUACACAAUUGCUGACAGUCUUAAGAGCUUUCCCCUGCCGGACCAGGCUGGCAGACAGAGAGUCUGCUUCCGCUGUAGAGGAGGAGAUCUGUCAGAACCUGUUCAUGCGCGGGCUGUCGUUGGUGGGCUGGUACCACAGUCACCCGCGGGGUCCGGCUCUGCCCUCGCUGCAGGACAUCGACUCGCAGAUGGACCAUCAGCUGAGGCUGCAGGGCUCCAACAACGGCUUCCAGCCCUGCCUGGGCAUCAUCUGUGGACCGUAUUAUCACGGCAAUCAAGGUGUGGCGUCCACAAUUACUCCAUUCUGGGUCGUACCACCGCCUGAGCAACGGCCCAAUGACUACGGGAUCCCAGUGGCCGUAGAGGUGACCUACGUUCAGGACAACUUCCUCACCAGCGACGUCCUGAAUGAGAUGAUGCUGCUGGUUGACUACUACAGGACAGCUCCCGACAUUGUCCACUUUAACCAGUACUGGUGUCCUGAUACCACCAUGAUGGAAAAAAUCAAGGGCUCUCUGAGCUGCCACGCUCCCAAAGAUCAGGCCUACUCUCAGAUCUUAGAGCACGUCUACAGUCAGCUGAGCAACAUCCACUGAGGGCUGCUCUCCAUCUCAAGUCGAUCCAUUUCAGAAAAACACUUUUGAGCAGAGACUACAGCGACGGCUGUAAAAACCUGCUCGAAAAACAUACAGAUGCCUUGAAUCCUCUCAUGCUUGAGUCAUACUUAAUUAUAAUGAGUUACUGUAAAACAGACAUGUACAUGAUAACCUAAGCAGCACCGGACCAGAGAACAUUUUACAGAAGGACACUAAAUAUCAGCAUUUCAUGGGCUAGAAAACCAGCCUGCCUGGCUACUUCCUGUUUCCUCAUGGACCUAUGUGCCUGUCCAUGCCAGUAUCUGGUGGUAUGAGCAGAUGCGUAAACGUUUAAUGUGUUGUUAUUGCCUUUAUAUACUAAACCAAGGGAGCAGUGGUUUGGGGAAAAGGUGUAAAUGAGUUGCAAAUAUACUACCUUAGCAAAGUAUGCAAGUGUGUGUUGGUUUGACCUAAACUGUACUCUGCAACGGUUUCGUUCCUCAAGUUACAUUGGUGCAAGCAAUUCCAUUGUGCCAAGGCAAUCUGUUUUUUUAAUGAUCGUGUGUGUGUGUGUGUGUGUGUGUGUGUGUGUGUGUGUGUGUGUGUGUGUGUGUGUGCCCCUCUACUGUCUCCCUGUCAGGUUGUGUGAGACAUGAGUCCUGUGGGUUAGGACUGAUAUUUGCUUCCUCCUUUCCUUGUACUGUAUUUAUUACUAAGUGUGGAUUGUGUGAUGUACAUGUAUGAAGAGCAAUGCCUUAAGCCUGCUGAUGAUCCACAAGGCAUUAAAAUAUACACACUGGAACUAUUUA